AUUCAGAACUGCGUUAAGGCUUCACCAUAAAUCUUUUUAGCUGCUUAUGAAGUUUCUGAUAUUAAAGCUGCACUAUUGAAAUGAAGAAAAGGAGAAAGUUCCCUGGAAAUUUAAAUGAGAAGCUACAUCUUGGCCAUGAGAAAAAUAUUUCUGAUGGGGUUCUUAUAGUAGAUUCUGACCAAGAAACUGUCACCAAAUCUGCAGAAGUAGCUAUUGCGGACCAACUUGAGUGUUCCCAAGAACUUCCUCCAUCACCAGAACAAAGAAAACUCUUAAGUUCACUGCAGUAUAAUAAAAAUCUACUUAAAUAUUUAAAUGAUGAUAGACAGAAACAACCAUCUUUUUGUGACUUACUUAUAAUAGUAGAAGGAAAAGAAUUUAAUGCACACAAAGUUGUUGUAGCUGUUGGCAGUAGUUAUUUUCAUGCUUGUUUGAGCAAAAACCCAAGCACGGAUGUUGUCACACUGGAUCAUGUAACUCAUUCUGUUUUUCAACAUUUGCUUGAGUUUUUGUACACAUCUGAGUUUUUUGUAUAUAAAAAUGAAAUCCCUUUAGUGUUGGAAGCAGCUAAAUUUUUAGACAUUAUAGAUGCAGUCAAACUGCUCAAUAAUGAAAAUAUUUCCUGCAUACAAACUGAAGCGGUAACUGAAAACCCAAUACCAGCUGAAACUCUCAAUGAAUUGACUGGUAAACUAUCAAAUAGUCACCAAUGCACUUUUUGCAGUCGAAACUUCUGUUACAAGAAAUCCCUAGAAAACCACUUGGCUAAAGCUCACAGGUCCCUUCCACUGGAAAAAAAACAUGGUUUAAAAAUGGUUGAGAAAGCAGACUUUUCUACCAGAAGAUCUACAAGGAACCGUAAAUGCCCAGCUAAGUUUGAUAACAGUGAUAACGAAAGCAGCGAUGUGUCUGACAACAAGGAAAAAGUCCAUUCUGAGAGAGAAAUAUCUGUUAAAAAUGAAUGUGAAGAUAGUGGAAGUGACUGCAAUGCAGAUGAAGAGGGUCAGGAAGAAGAAGAAAUACCAGAUGAAGAUUCUGAUGCUGAAGAGCAAAGUAAAAAAGAACGUAAUGAUACUGAAGUGAGUCCUGAGCCAGUUGAUUCAGUAGGAAAUAUUCCUGAAGGUUUAACUCCAGUAAUCAUUCAGAGUAGUAGCAAAAAACUAUUGCAGUGUCCCAAGUGUGACAAAACAUUUGAUCGAACAGGGAAGCUCGAGAUCCAUACCCGUGCGCACACAGGUGAGAAGCCCUUCGAGUGUGAUAUUUGUCAUCAGCGCUAUUCCACAAAAUCUAACCUGACAGUUCACAGAAAGAAACACAAUAAUGAAACAGAAUUUCAUAAGAAGGAGCACAAAUGUCCAUAUUGUAAUAAACUUCAUGCAAGCAAAAAGACCCUAGCAAAACAUGCAAAGAGGUUUCAUCCAGAGAACGUACAAGAAUUUCUUUCCAUUAAAAAGACAAAGAGUGAAGGCUGGAAAUGUGAUAUUUGUAAGAAAUCUUUUGCUCGAAGACCCCAUUUGGAAGAACACAUGAUUCUUCACACUCAGGAUAAACCUUUCAAGUGUACCUAUUGUGAAGAGCACUUUAAAUCCCGGUUUGCAAGAUUGAAGCAUCAAGAAAAAUUCCAUCUUGGUCCUUUCCCGUGUGAUAUUUGUGGUCGUCAGUUCAAUGACACUAGAAAUCUAAAACGCCAUAUAGAAUGUACUCAUGGGGGGAAGAGAAAAUGGGUGUGUUUUAUAUGUGGAAAAUCAGUCAGAGAAAGAUAUAAAGCAACAUUUCAUCAGUGUGACGUCUGCAAGAAAGUUUUUAAAGGGAAAUCAAGUUUGGAAAUGCAUUUUAGGACACAUUCAGGUGAGAAACCAUACAAAUGUCAAAUCUGUAGCCAGUCCUUUAGAAUUAAGAAGACAUUAACAAAACACAUGGUUAUUCAUUCAGAUGCUCGACCUUUUAACUGCCAGCAUUGCAAUGCAACAUUUAAACGAAAAGACAAGUUGAAAUACCAUAUUGACCAUGUACAUGGAACAAAGGCUGCAGAAGAAACAGUAACCACUUCUGAAGAAAAAGUAAUCUCCUUGCCAGUACAGUACACCCCUGAUGACAAAGUUUUCCAAAUUGAGUCUAAACCAUACAUGGAUCAGCCUGAAGUUUACGAAACAGAAGUCAAACCUAUGCUACAGAAUGUACCAGCAGAAGUAUGUGUGCCAGUAACACUGGUACCAGUUCAGAUGCGGGAACCUCAAGCUGAUCUAGUACAACAUACCACUACUCUCUCAUCCCAGUCUCAUGGCAUUCUUCCCCCACAGAUACAGCAGCCAGAUUAUCAACGAACAACAGAAAUAGCAUUUCUGGAAAAAUAUACUCUCACUCCCCAGCCUGCAAAUAUAGUUCAUCCUGUCAGACCUGAGCAAAUGUUGGAUCCUAGAGACCAAUCUUACCUUGGAACUUUAUUGGGGCUUGAUACAGCUCCAACUGUACAGAAUAUGUCAAAUAAUGAACAUUCAUGAUCGGACCCAUAACAUUCCACCUAACUUACUAAGCCAUUAGCCACCAGAGGACUGAUAUGGCUACUAAGUUUUUUGUAGUUUAUUUGGACUUCUAGUCUUCUGAACAGUUUUGUUGAGUGCAAGGAAAAAAUAGAUUUGUUUGCAUAUAUGAAC